CGCAGCAUCCUGCGACAAACCCUACGAGAAUGCACUUAUCUUCCUGAUCCAAACGCCCGAUCAUACAUGUCACACUUUGUAGCGUCGCGCUUUCGAAGAGUCUCCUUCAAGAUCUGGCAAAACCGGGAUCAACCAGGGCUUGGUGUACGCGUCGAGCAUCACCUCAGGAACGCAAGACAGAUGCGCAAUGGUCUCCAAAGAGCAAACGAGGGCGACCGGCAGGCCCUGCUCCGGUGUCUAGAGUGGACAUAUGGCCGAAGAGGAAAGCGAAGAUACGUGCUCUUGGAGCCAUUGAUGCCUGCAGAAGGACGUCAGGAUAUUGUUCAGUUGAUGUCGAAGGAUGAAGGCCCUGAGCAAGACGCGGACGUCAGCACAACCGAGAAGCCUCUUCCAUCGCUUACUCCUGAGCUAUACGCCUUGGCCGCUUCUCAGAGGAGUCUGAAUCUCCCAAGUAGCAAAAAGGCACCGAAGCAGUUGGAGCCGGUCAUUCCUGAAUUCAACGCUCGAUUGCUACCUAUGCCGAAAAAGCGCGUUAAGAACCUAACGCAUCAGUGGUAUGCCAAAGUGUUAGAUCGGAUCUUGGCACCACUUCCAGUUGGCGAAUGGGAGCAGCUACGCGACUGGGCUCUGGGGAUUGACAUGCCAGAUGUGAAAGAACGCAGGGGAAGCUCUGCAGCAACGUUGAAUCGAGGUCAUUUCCGUGGCCACACAGCACUGGAAGCAAUCGUCGUGCAGGGACGACUAGAUCCGAAAUCUUUCCCAAAUCAAAACGCGCACGAGAUAAGUCGUCGGUUCAUGCAGAGAUUAUGGGCGCAGGUGUUCUCAGACUGUCCUGUCAUGGACUGGGACGAUGACAAGAAGAAA